GUGGUGGGCAGUUUGAGCUGGCUGGAUACUAGAGGGAGGCUGCACCUGAAACAGUUGGUGGGUGAGCAGCAUGGGCUUUGAGGAGCUGCUGGAGCAGGUGGGCGGCUUUGGGCCCUUCCAACUGAGGAAUGUGGCACUGCUGGCCCUGCCCCGAGUGCUGCUACCACUGCACUUCCUCCUGCCCAUCUUCCUGGCUGCUGUGCCUGCCCACCGAUGUGCCCUGCCGGGUGCCCCUGCCAACUUCAGCCAUCAGGAUGCGUGGCUGGAGGCCCACCUUCCCCGGGAGCCCGAUGGCAUGCUUAGCUCCUGCCUCCACUUUGCCUACCCCCAGGCUCUCCCCAACACCACGUUGGGGGAAGAAAGGCAGAGCCGUGGGGAGCUGGAGGAUGAACCUGCCACAGUGCCCUGCUCUCAGGGCUGGGAGUACGACCGCUCAGAGUUCUCCUCUACCAUUGCAACUGAGUCCCAGUGGGAUCUGGUGUGUGAGCAGAAAGGUCUGAACAGAGCUGCAUCCACUUUCUUCUUCGCCGGUGUGCUGGUGGGGGCUGUGGCCUUUGGAUAUCUGUCCGACAGGUUUGGGCGGAGGCGUCUGCUGCUGGUAGCCUACGUGAGUACCCUGGUGCUGGGCCUGGCAUCUGCAGCCUCCGUCAGCUAUGUAAUGUUCGCCAUCACCCGCACCCUCACUGGCUCAGCCCUGGCUGGUUUUACCAUCAUCGUGAUGCCACUGGGUGAGGCAGGCAAGAAACAGGCAGGACCUACAGGGCUGGAAGAAGGCAGUUGUCAGAGUAAGGCUGAGCCCAUCUGGUCCUCACUAACCAUUCCUGUCUCCUGUCCUGGCCCAGAGUUGGAGUGGCUGGAUGUGGAGCACCGCACUGUGGCCGGAGUCCUGAGCAGCACCUUCUGGACAGGAGGCGUGAUGCUGCUGGCACUGGUUGGGUACCUGAUACGGGACUGGCGAUGGCUUCUGCUAGCUGUCACCCUGCCUUGUGCCCCAGGCAUCCUCAGCCUCUGGUGGGUGCCUGAGUCUGCACGCUGGCUUCUGACACAAGGCCAUGUGAAAGAGGCCCACAGGUACUUGCUCCACUGUGCCAGGCUCAAUGGGUGGCCAGUGUGUGAGGACAGCUUCAGCCAGGAGGCUGUGAGCAAAGUGGCCGCCGGGGAACGGGUGGUCCAAAGACCUUCAUACCUAGACCUGUUCCGAACGCCACGGCUCCGACACAUCUCACUGUGCUGCGUGGUGGUGUGGUUCGGAGUGAACUUCUCCUAUUAUGGCCUGAGUCUGGAUGUGUCGGGGCUGGAGCUGAACGUGUACCAGACGCAGCUGUUGUUCGGGGCCGUGGAACUGCCCUCCAAGCUGCUGGUCUACUUGUCAGUGCGCUAUGCAGGACGCCGCCUCACGCAAGCCGGGACACUGCUGGGCACGGCCCUGGCGUUCGGCACUAGACUGCUAGUGUCCUCCGACAUGAAGUCCUGGAGCACCGUCCUGGCAGUGAUGGGGAAAGCUUUUUCUGAAGCUGCCUUCACCACUGCCUACCUGUUCACUUCAGAGUUGUACCCUACGGUACUCAGACAGACAGGGAUGGGACUGACUGCACUGGUGGGCCGGCUGGGGGGCUCUUUGGCCCCACUGGCGGCCUUGCUGGAUGGAGUGUGGCUGUCACUGCCCAAGCUUACUUAUGGGGGGAUCGCCCUGCUGGCUGCCGGCACCGCCCUCCUGCUGCCAGAGACGAGGCAGGCACAGCUGCCAGAGACCAUCCAGGACGUGGAGAGAAAGAGUGCCCCAACCAGUCUUCAGGAGGAAGAGAUGCCCAUGAAGCAGGUCCAGAACUAAAUGGGAGUGGAGGCAGGCCCUCCACAGAAGCUCUGCAGCGGGGGCUGGGAGAGCAGAAGGGCAAGCCCUGCAACUCAGGCUGGCAGUAUCGAACCCUCUGCCUAGGGCCGGAGUUGCCGCCAGUACCCGCUCCCUGUGCUCAUCCAUCCUUGAUUAUUUGGCUUCUAGGAACAGUUGACUUCCCAGAAUGCAGUGGGCUGCUGGGCACCCCUCUCAUGGCUGGGGAGGAUUCUGUAAAUAAAGGUGCCCCUUGGGUUGGGGCAGUGGUGAAGAGCUAUGGGAAGAGCCCUGGAUAGGAAGCCACUGAGUCUGCCCUGGGCUCUGAUAAAACCUUCACCAUUAA